UCGGGAAUCUUAGAACCGGUUUCUAUCAUUUCAGGAAAUAUUUACUCUUCUCUCUUUCCACCCAACCUACACUCAUUCUUGCUUCCUCCCAUCAUCCUGCAUUCCAAAUAUCCGGACUUUCCAAUGCUUGCGCGAAUCUCUAGAGGAACUGCUCACGCUCUUGGCCUCACUUUCACGCGGGGUAGGUAUCCACAUCGUUUGCAGGAUUCGGUGUCAGUGACAGAGGACUCGGAGGAGGUGAUCAUUGACCUGGACAUUCUUCUUCAUCCCGUCCAUGACUUUCUCAUCCCAUGGUGGCGUUAUGCCGGCGAGUGCAGACGAACCCUUGCUCCAAUGUGCAAUAGCCUACAGAAUUUGCUAAGCGACGACGUGGAACGUAUAGCACAACUUCUUCUUUCCCUGGAGCCUUUGGCGGAGGAAGAAGACUGCGAUUUCUAUCACGAUGGUGAAGUUGCUGAAGACAUAGGAUCUCCUUGUUCAAUGAAUAUUGGGCCGGAAAGCCAGCCCUCAGCUUCGUACCGUGAACGUCCGCCACAUAGACAACAUUCCCAUCCUAAAACACCUCUUGUGAUACCUGGUUCCCACAUAUCCAUACCUACGAUCAUUAUAACUCCUUGUGAGACACAACGACACGAGACUUCCGCUCUUGUUCCAUUACAAGACAGCGCAUUUGGGUCACAAUUAACCGUUCCCUGUCAUCGAAAACUGAAUCAGGCCUUUCCCCCGAUGGCCCGGGCAGUUCCUUCAAUAUACAUGUCAUCGGAUCUUCAUUGGAAAUGGAUGAAUGGCCACUGGCAAGCACUUUUGCCUGGAUUGGAUGAACAGAUCUCGAAAGGAAUGUAUUCGAGGGCAAUAUCCCGAAGAAAAACUACAUCAAGACAUUCUCGGACUUCUUCUAUCUCAAGCAGUACUUUUUAUUCUUCACGUUGUUGAGCCUUAAGCUUGUAUUUGCCUUUAUUUCGAUCACAUUCCUUGUAUUUUCAGUAAUCGUCAAUGCAAUUUGUGAACAGACAUUAUACACGAUACCCUACUCGACAAUCCUAAAUAU